GAGCGAGCGCAGCCAAUCAGCAGCACGGGCAGAAGUACCGUAGCCAAUGGCAGUGCUCCUGGGGAGGGUUCUGGUGGGGCGGUGUCCUAGCUGGUCUUGUUGGUGGUUCCCCGGUGUAAGGAGCGGAGACCCCGGGGUUAAGAAUGCCGUUGGUUGCCCGCUGUAUUGAGCCGCGCCAUGUGUGCCGGCAGAAGCUUCCCAUUGUCCAAAGUGAACUGGAAUGUAUGACAAACCUCACACUGUCUAAUGUCAUUCGCCAACUAGGAAGCCUUAGUCGCUAUGCAGAGGAUAUAUUUGGAGAGUUGUUCAAUGAAGCAAGUCUGUUUGCGCAGCGUGUGGGAACGCUGGGUGAGAGAGUGGAGAAGCUACAGGUCAAAGUGACCCAACUGGAUCCUAAGGAGGAAGAAGUUUCUUUACAAGGUAUAAACACAAGAAAAGCAUUCCACAGUAAUACCUCACAGGAUCAGCAACUGUUUGUGCGGGACUCUCUAUCUAUUCCGGUCUAUGAAACCUAUAUCACAUGUGACAUGCCCCCACCACUCAACAUCCUAUCGCCUUACAGGGAAGAUGGGAAAGAGGCACUGAAGUUUUACACUGACCCCUCAUAUUUCUUUGACCUAUGGAAGGAGCAGAUGUUGCAAGACACCAAGGAUAUCAUGAAAGAAAAGCGUAAACAUAGGAGAGAAAAGAAGGACAAUCCAAACCGCGGGAAUGUGAAUCCUCGGAAAAUACGAACACGAAAAGAUCAGUGGGAACAAUUGAAGAUGGGGCCAGAAUUUGUGGAUGCAAAAACUCAACAGUCUGGAAUUGAAGUAACUCACAAUGGAUCUGUCAGUCCCAUAGAUACAGGAGAUAUAAAUCAUUACCCUCCUCCACCUCCAAGUGAAGUUGUCAUGCCUAGCCCACCCCCAGUUCCUGAGGACCUUUUGCCACCUCCUCCAAUGGAAUUCGGUUCAUCUGAAAACUCCAGUCGGUCAAGCCUAUUUAGCCAAAUCCACCCAUCCCCAGUAUCUCCAUCUGGUCCUAUUCCUGGAGGGAGACCCAGCUUCUCUCCCCCUCCUCCUCCACCGCCACCCGCUAGUGUAUUUCCAGACACAACUUACCUUCCACCCCCCUCGCCACCAGAGUGCCCUCCUGCCCCUGGUUUUCCUGCUCCUCCACCACCUCCAGUGCCUUCUGUCAUAGAUUAUUCAGCUGUCUCUCCUGUCCCUCCUCCCACUCCUCCUGCAGGAGGUCCCCCUCCUCCACCACCACCUCCGCCUCCACCAGGUCCACCACCUCCUGGCCCGCCUCCUCCUCCAUCUUUUUCUACUCCAGAAGGAGAUUCAUUGCCACAGGUGUCCAAGCCCAAAACUACUUUGCCACCAGUAAGCGAUGUUCGGAGCGAUCUCUUGUCUGCAAUUCGUCAAGGAUUCCAGCUACGCAAGGUGGAGGAACAGAUGGAGCAUGAAAAACGAGACGUUGGAGGUAAUGAUGUGGCUACCAUCCUGUCUCGCCGUAUAGCAGUGGAGUACAGCGACUCGGAGGAUGACUCUUCAGAAUUUGAUGAAGAUGAUUGGUCUGAUUAAAUGUGCCAUGAUUUGGAGUGGGGAUAAGGUGGUGGGAUCAGUGUUAUUUAGGUUUUGCUGCCAAGAGAUCAUCCUGCAGAGUGUGUCUGGACAAGGGUAUUAAUCUCAAGUUUAUACAAGGAGAAUACACUUAAUAUUGUUGUAAUAUACCCUUUUUCUUUGCAACAAUAGGUCUUUUUCCUAUAGGGUCAAGUUGUUUGUUUGCCAUUGAACUGUUCCCUCUACCACUUAAAGGAGAGAAAAAAACCAAAAACAACCUUUAGCUACAGAUGUGACUAUUAAAAACGUUUUGUAAAGGGAAUGCUCCAGAUUUAUAUUUAUUUUGGCUUUUGGUGAAAUGAGUAUUUUCACAUCUGUUUUUUUGAUGACAAUCAUAUCACUGUCCUUGUGCCACAACUGGACAGUAAAUAGGUAAUCCAAUCCAAUUGUGGCGUGAACAUUCCGAAGUAGAAAUGCAUCUUUGCACUUGAUAUGCCGCUGGCAAAAUGUUACGAUUUUUAGAUACAUUUUGAAAUAACUGUGCCUUAACCCUUAACCUGAAAUUACAUUUCAACAGUUAAAGAAUGACCAUAGUGAAAGUGUAAUUUCUGAUUACAUAUUUCUGUAUUUCUCACACUAUGGUGACCAUAAUGUGUGAUGUCUUAGGGAUGUAAUGCAGUGAAAAUGGAAAAACGAUUUAACAAUGCAGAUAAAUACGUCAGGGAUUUACAUGUAACAUGCUAUAUUUAGUGUUGGGCAGGUGGGGUACUAUUCUAUGCAUAUACUACAGUUAUGUUUUACUUUGUUAUUGUAAUUUUACCUUUGUAUCAGACCCAGUGGGGAGUAAAAGCCCUUAUGACAGAGUAGUUCAUUGGGAUAAACUGUCUGGGCCGCUGGGGAACAUGUGAUAAUGGGGAAGAAAUUGAAACCUAAUAAUUAUGUGUAAUUUGUUAUUAUAAUGUAUCUAGAGAGCAACUUAAUCUAUUCGAUUCCUUAAAUCAUAGUCUAUGCAAAAUAUAAGCGUACAUGUUGUGUGUAUUCAAAUUGUGCACCUCAAUUACAUAGAUUUAUCUACACUCAAGAAUCUGCUAUUGAGUUGACUGACUAUAUUGAGAUCUUAAGUGCCUUUAAUAGAAGUGACUUGGGGAACAAAGCAAAAGAAAAACUUUGUCCUCUUUUGUACUGCCGACCCCAUGUCCCUUACUUUAUAACUUGCUUUUUUUUUUGUUUGCCAAAUUAUAUUUACUUGUAUAUGUAUACUGAUGAAUUCUAACUCUGUACAAACAAAAAAAUAAAAAUAAUAAUA